AUGAGUUCCUCUUGUUCCCUAUUAGUUGUGUAGUUUCCCUCUCUGCGUCAACAUUCGUCGCACAAAUGCACAGAUUUUGAUAUUUUUAAUCCACCAGUUUUUGAUUAGGAUACCUGCCUUGAACUGAUAACGAAUAGCAGGGCCGUAACAGAACUUCUACAGUGGACCUCCAGCUACUCUGGGGGGUGCACGUUCACACAGUGUACCCCCUGGUUACGGACCUGAAUAGGGUUUGCCAUCAUCUGGGCAUCCGCUUUCUUUGAAAAAGAAUGACUUGUUACAAAGCUUUUUCGAAACGAAAAGCUAUAAGUCCUUCCUUGCCUUCUUCGCACCGAUUCGUUUUUUCUUAAUUUUAGCAUAUUUGUUAGGAAUAUGGUAAAUGACAUUUAUAGGAUUUUCGGUGAUUUUGAGUUGGUGAUCUCCUUCAUAUAUGGACUCCCCGUCACAAAAAAAUAUAACUCCUGUUCCCAUUUUCGGCCAAAAGGUACAAACCUUUUCUCUUCAGUUGCUCUUGAUCAGGGCAAUAAUUACCUCGCUGGUUUUUGAUUUUAUUGAAAAAGUUUGUAAAUUGUUUGAUCAUAUCUAUAUAGAUAAAUGCAGUCUUAUGGAAUUUCUUGUUGAAGCCGCCUGGCAAGCCAAGAUGACUGGAGCCUAGACCUAAUUGCUGUAGCUAUUUUAAACAUUUGCAUUUUGAUUGUUAUUUUAUUGUUUUACCUGACGCUUCUAACUUCAUGGUUGACCGACCUGAAUUGCAGUCAAGCUGCUACACUAGAACGACAAAUCUUGUUUCCUCUAUAACUAAGUGAAAGAUGUCGGAAAAGUUCAGCYUUGUCGACUAUGUUGUAUUCUCUAUCAUGUUACUCAUCUCUGCUGCUAUUGGUAUCUGGUAUGGCUGUGGACCUGGUGGAAAACAAGAGACUACCAAGGAAUACCUCCUUGCAGACAGAAAGAUGCGUAUUUUACCAGUUGCUAUAUCACUACUGGUGUCCUAUCUAUCAGCGAUUACUCUACUAGGCGUCCCGUCUGAGAUUUACACCUAUGGAGCGCAGUAUUAUGUCCUGAUUCUGUCCUAUUUUAUCAUCUGUGGAGUUGUUUCCAUCAUUUUUGUGCCAAUGUUUCGACGAAUUAACAUCACAUGUGCGAAUGAGUAUUUGGAGCGUCGAUAUUCUUUGGGUGUCAGAAUGGUUGGCUGUGUCUUCUUCAUGUUGGAAUAUACAUUAUAUCUGUUUGUCGUUCUGUACGCGCCGUCCCUGGCACUAGAAGCUGUGGCUGGUAUUCCUUUGGCAGCUUCUAUUUUAACCACUGGUAUUGUAUGCACCUUCUAUACUAGCUUGGGUGGUCUCAAGGCAGUUAUCUGGACCGAUGUUUUCCAAUCGAUGGUCAUGAUCGGUGGUUUGAUAGCAGUUGUGAUCGUCGGCAGCAUCGAGGUCGGUGGAAUGGACGAAGURUGGCGAAUUAACAAAGAAUUUGGUCGACUCACGUUUUUUGAUUUCAACCCAGACCCCAAGGUUCGUAACACGUUCUGGACUUUGACCCUUGGUGGGGCGUUUACCGCAAUGCCUGUAUGGACGGUGAGUCAGACCGCUGUACAGAGAUUCUUGUCAGUCCCUACAACUAAAGCUGCUAAAAGGGUGGUGUUGCUUAACAUUCCUGGUCUUCUGUUCAUCGUGACACUCUGUUUCCUGGACGGGCUGGUCAUCUUUGCCGUGUACUCGGGAUGCGAUUUGAGAAUGGACAAGAAAAUCACUAGUAARGACCAGGUCCUGCCAUAUUURGUCAUCAACAAACURGGACACCUGAAAGGCCUGCCGGGAAUGUURACUGCUUGCUUYUACGCAGGCGCACUAAGCACAGCAUCGUCAGCGUUGAAUGCCAUGGCGCUGGUCGUACUGGAAGACAUCAUUAAAAAGAAAAUGAGAGAUCUCUCUGAUUCUGACCAGGCCAAAAUAUGCAAGGCAUCGCUUGGAAUGUUCGUAAGACGUGCAAACUAUAAGGGUGCCUAUGCAGGUAUGUUCCUUGGAGCAUUUUUGACUGGCUGGGUUUUCAUAGGGGCUCAGUUCUACCCACCAAAUAAGUACCCUGGAAAAAGGUCCAUACAAGAAUGUUCCUGGUUCAACGCUACAAGCACAAAUCAGACAGGAAUCAUUGAAAAUGACUGGAAGCCACACAGUGAUGGUAUWGCUGACUUCUACAGUAUCUCGUACCUUUGGUUCAGCGGUCUCUCCGUCUUCACUGCCUUCAUCGUUGGACUGAUUGUU